GACCCGUUUAGAACCCCGACCAGAAAGGUACCAAACGAUGCGCUCUUCCAAGUGGCUGCUUCCGCUGAUGCUGCUCACCUGCCAGGUGCUCCUCCACCGGCUGGUGAAGGGUGAGGAGAGCCACUGCACCUCGGUGGCCGGAAUGGUCAAGUUGCUCGACCUGGAGGCGCAGCUAAUCGAUAACCUGGCCGAUUACGCUGACGAGCUGGAAAAAAAGCUGGAUAUCGUUAAAAGGAGCAUAGCUAGCAUGCGUUUGGAAAACGACAGAGCCCGUGGUUCAACGGAGGAGUAUCUGUCCAAUCCCCUGAACUCGUUUUCUCUCAUUCGCCGCAUGAAUCGUGACUGGACGAUUUGGCAGCUCUACAUCGAUGAUCCUGUGGGUCUGACGCAGAUGGAGAAGAUUCAGGAACUUAGAGAGCAUAUGCCCACCAGCACGGAUGUGGAGGAGGCUGUGACCGCCUUGGAUCGCAUUCAGAGCACCUAUGGCCUUCAAGUGGCUGAGAUUGCUCAUGGGCUCCUCGAUGGAAGGCAGUACAAUGUGAGUUUAACAGCAUUGGACACCUACGCCAUGGGACAAAUUCUCUUCGAUCAGGGAAACUAUUGGGCAGCUGCUGGUUGGCUGUAUCAGUCGAUAGUUUUGAUGGAGGUUUAUACAAUAUCUGCUCCCCUGGAGGUUUCCAAAACCGAGGUGCGAAUGGUCUACGCCGAAGCCCUACUUAAAUUGAACCAAAACGCGGAUGCCCUGAAAGUUGUCAACAUUGCACUAGCUGAUAAGCCUCAUGACAUUAAACUGUUGCUGAAGAAGUCGGAAAUUGAAACGAUGAUAAGGACGGACACCAAAAAUCAGGCACCCAAGGUUCAACAGGGAGCAACAGAAGCCUACAAGAUGGGCUGCCGAGGUCAGUUCCCACCGUCCGUGGAUGGGAGGCUCCACUGUCGGUACAACAGCACCACCUCGCCCUUCCUGAUCCUCGCUCCUCUCAAGAUGGAACUGGUGGGUCUGGACCCGUACAUGGUGCUCUACCACGAUGUGCUCUCCGCGGCGGAAAUCAAAGAACUUCAGGGGAUGGCCACUCCGGGUCUCAAAAGAGCCACUGUCUUCCAGGCCGCCUCUGGUCGCAACGAGGUGGUAAAGACCCGGACCUCCAAAGUUACCUGGUUCCCCGAUUCCUAUAGCCCCCUAACCGUUCGAUUGAAUGCCCGUAUCUCCGACAUGACCGGUUUCAAUCUAUACGGCUCCGAGAUGUUGCAGCUGAUGAACUACGGCCUGGGUGGCCACUACGACAAGCACUACGACUUCUUCAACCAAACUAACUCCAAUAUUACUCUCAUGAGUGGCGAUCGCAUUGCCACAGUACUCUUCUAUCUAUCAGAUGUGGAACAGGGCGGUGCCACCGUCUUUCCAAACAUUCAGACAGCAGUCUUCCCCCAACGUGGAUCAGUCAUAAUGUGGUACAACCUCAACGAUGACGGUAAACCCAAUACUCAAACUCUUCAUGCCGCCUGUCCCGUUAUAGUGGGAUCUAAGUGGGUGUGCAACAAAUGGAUUCGAGAGCGCGAACAGAUAUUCAGCAGACCUUGCCUCAAAAGGCGAAAGUGAUUCUCAAGUUAACUAAAUGUAGACAAGUGAUAAUAGCCCACUAUAAAACUCAAUAAAGUCAACCAAAAAUCGAU